GCUAGCCGCUGAUCAACGGUCGGCGUGAAACCUGCUGAUAACGCUUCUGUUGACUUGUAGCACAAGAAAGGCACAUCUGACUGCAAUACAGCAGAAGUUAUCUGGACCUGUUGAAAUGGGAGACCCGGCUCUUAGUAGAGACUGUCCCCUCGACUGCAAGGUUUAUGUUGGGAAUCUAGGAAACAAUGGAAAUAAGACAGAGCUAGAAAGGGCUUUCGGAUAUUAUGGCCCUUUAAGAAGUGUGUGGGUUGCCAGGAAUCCCCCAGGCUUUGCUUUUGUAGAGUUUGAAGAUCCCAGAGAUGCAUCUGAUGCUGUAAGAGAACUGGAUGGAAGAACCAUGUGUGGCUGUCGAGUGCGUGUUGAAUUAUCCACCGGGGAAAAGCGCUCGAGAAGCCGUGGCCCCCCUCCAUCUUGGAGUAGACGGCCUAGGGAUGACAUCAGACGGCGCAGUCCUCCAGUCAGACGCAGAUCACCGAAGAGGAGGAGCCUCAGCCGCAGUCGCAGCAGGUCUCUUUCAAGAGACAGGCGUAGAUAUAGGUCUCUGUCCAGAGACAAGAAUCGUAAGCGUUCAAGAUCCUUCUCACGAUCAAGGAGUCGCUCCCGAUCCAACGAGAGGAAAUAAAAACAUUAAAGGAUGGUUGAUCAGCAGGACUCUGCGAUGGUUGUGAAAAUACAAAUUUUUAUAGUCAUGUUUUUCUUCCUAGAUUUUAUUUGCCAACUCAAGGCAGCCUUAGGUUGUCAAAGUUACAUCUUGUGUCAUAGCAGUCUAUAGAGUAACAACAAAGGACUUAAGUCUUUUUCCUCCUUUUUGUCAUUUCUCAUGGCGAGGUUUUCCCAUUUUACUGAAACAUGUUUUGCCUUCAAAUUUACUGUUAACAAAACGAAUUCUGUGUCACCCUGCAUGUUGAAAUGAAAUACUGGAAUUUUUUUUUUAUUUUUUUACAUUGCCAUCCUGUUAUUUUAACUGUUGGAUUAAAGGUGCACUGUGUAGAAUCUAGUGGAAUAGAUUUGGCAGAAGUGGAAUAUAAUAUUCAUGAAUAUUUUUUAAUUAGUGUAUAAUCACCUGCAAAUGAGAAGUUUUGUUUUUGGUACCUUUUUAGAAUGAACCCGUUAUAUCUACAUAAGAAGCGAUUUCUCCUCCACCAAGCCUGCCAUGUUGCACCACCAUGUUUCUUCAGUUUCCCAGAAUAGACAUACAAAACACUGGCUCCAGAGAGGGCCGUUCAAGUAUUUUGCAAGUUUCAGUCACCAUAGUUCGUCCUUCAUUCUUGGAAGGGGAGGGGGAGGAGCAAGGUUUUCAGUUUGCAAUCUGCAACCUUACUGCUAGAUGCCACUAAAUCCUACACACUGGUCCUUUAAAUUUCAUGUGAUGUUUUUGUUUUGCUUUUAUUAUUCAUUGACUUAAACUGCUAGCUAAAGGUUACUGAAAUGCAUCACGAAUAAGAGAAGUAUAGUUUAUACCAGUGGCAGAAAACGGACAACAAAUGUUGUAAAUAUUGAUGCUGUUAUUUUCAGACUAUCUUAAUGCCUAAAACAUCAUCAGACAUCAUCUGUAACUGUAUUUUACCAUGUCACUUUUACAAAAGAAGGCAUUUGUUCUCAAUUCAUUCUGAGCUCUGACAAUUUAUGCUGAUGCAGUUAAACAACUUGUUCAAUAAAUGUUUUUCCA